AUGAGUGAUGGUAGUAGAAAAUCAAAGAUUUCUGCAUCCCGCAGACUUGCCCUUAAGACCAAGCUGCUGAAAACAGCAACUGUGAUGUUGGAGGAGGAAAAGGAGCAAAAGAAGCUGAAGAGAGAGACGACUUUGAGGGAGAGAGUCCCUCCACUUCAGCUGUCUGGUUUGUCUCUGCAGGACCUUCAGGCUCUAUGCAAAGAACUGCACCAAAAGAUUGAUGUGGUAGACGAAGAACGGUAUGAUACUGAAGUGAAAGUUGCCAAAAACAACAAGGAGAUUGAAAAUCUUUCUCAAAAGGUCUUUGACCUAAAGGGUAAGAUGAAGCGGCCUGCUCUCAAGAGGGUGAAGAUCUCAGCUGAUGCCAUGUUGGGUGCUCUGCUGGGAUCCAAGGUCAAAGAGUCUGUGGACUUUAAGGCAAACCUGAAGACAGUGAAGAAAGAGGAGGAGAAGAAAGAGGAGGUGACUGAUUGGCGUAAGAAUGUGGAGGCCAUGUCUGGUAUGGAGGGCAGGAAGAAGCUGUUUGAUGCCGGACAAUAG